CGCUCCAACAUCAGCCUGGACCAAGGAUUACAACUGUAGUAUUGCGCGCACAGCUGGCUCGUGUUUAUGUAAUACCGUGCUACGCGAGCUCCGCAGCCGAGCGAUAUUGGUGACGUUAAAAUAUCAGUGCGUGUUGAUAUUCUGAGGAUGGUGCUCGAGUGUUCGACGGGAGGAAGCUCCCGAUUCACACGCAUGUACGCACGGACCCACGUCAGGCUGGACUGAGCACUCGGACAUUCUGUGGGAUCGCGAGGUUACUGAAGGGAGGACAAAGCGGACCGAGAGCACCCUGACCGGAGGGACGUCCCGUGGCCGUAGAGGGAUAACGGGGCCGGUCGGUUUAGAGGUUAUUGAGGUUGUUUGAGCAGCGGAAUCUGCUUUGCAUCUUGCCGUGUUGGUGCAGCCAAAUCCAUCUCCACCUCCACCCGGUGGACCGGAGCAGGCAGGGGGAUGUAGGGGACGGAUUAACAGGAGACAGACCGAGAAAAGAGCAGGGAGAUGGGGAAGGAUCAGGAGCUGCUGCAGGCCGUGAAGACCGAGGAUCUGCUGACGGCUCAGCGGCUUCUACAAAGACCCCGAGCGGGGAAAGCAAAAUUGUUGGGAACAGCGAAGAGAGUUAAUGUGAACUUUCAAGAUACUGACGGGCUGUCUGCCCUGCACUAUGCAGCCCUCAGUGGGAACAGAGACCUGCUGUCCCUGCUGCUGGAGGCCCAGGCCACGGUGGACAUCAAGGACAACAAAGGAAUGCGUCCUCUACACUAUGCUUCGUGGCAGGGAAAGACUGAACCAAUGAAAAUGCUUCUGAAGGCGGGCUCAUCGGUGAAUGGCCAAUCAGAGGAGGGUCAGAUCCCGCUCCACCUAUCGGCCCAGCAUGGACACUAUGACGGGGUAACCAAUCACAGCACUCCACACUCCGGUGUGUGUGCUCCAGGUACGAGGGGUUCCAGCCCCCCGGGCUCCCCCACACUGGGCCAGCAGGGCGGCAGCAUUGAGGACAUCUGGGUUCUGAGGAAACCCCUGGCAGGAGGAGACAGGAGUGGCAGUGUGGCCAGUAUAGCUAGCUCACACGCUAGCAACACGCCUCCCCCUAGCUCACACGCUAGCAACAUGCCUCCUCCUAGCUCACACGCUAGCAACAUGCCUCCCCCUAGCUCACACGCUAGCAACAUGCCUCCUCCUAGCUCACACGCUAGCAACAUGCCUCCUCCUAGCUCACACGCUAGCAACAUGCCUCCUCCUAGCUCACACGCUAGCAACAUGUCUGGCCUCAACACACACGGGCUGAACGCUCCAGGUCUCCAUGCACAGGCAGAGGGAGUUAAGCUUCUGGCUACUGUCUUGUCCCAGUCAGUGAAAGCCAAAGAGCAUCUACUGGAGCAGUCACGAUCAGUGGAGCAGUCAGCAGCCUCCUGUGCUCAAGAGCAGAGGUCAUUUGAACGGAAGGUAGAAGCAGAGGUGGCUGAUGGGAAGAACGAGGCAGUAGUGGCGUGGCUCAGUGAGUUUCAGCUGCAGUUCUACACCACCCACUUCCUCACGGCAGGAUAUGACCUCGACACCGUUAGCUGCAUGAGCCCUGAGGAUCUGACUGCUAUUGGAGUGACUAAGCCAGGACAUCGUAAGAAGCUGACAGCUGAGAUCAGCAAGUUGCCAGAAGAGUGGCUGCCAGAAUACCGACCUGCCAGCCUGGCAGACUGGCUGUCUCUAAUAGGUCUGCACCAGUACUACCAGGUUCUGGUCCAGAACGGCUAUGAGAACAUGGACUUUGUCUCUGAGCUCAGCUGGGACGACCUCCAGGAGAUCGGCAUCACCAAGCUAGGUCACCAGAAGAAGCUGAUGCUGGCAGUGAGGAGACUAAAGGACCUGCAGACUGGAGACGGUAGCUCCACCCCUCCUCCCUCUAGACCUGCCCCCCUCGCCAGACCCUGCCCAGAGACCGCCUCCCCCUCUCAUACCCCCCCCCAGACCCCCACCAAGACCCAGUCCUCCUGCCCCAAAGCCAGGCCCCGCCCCUCCAUGCAGGCGUCUGAUUCGUCGGUCCGUGAUGGUGGUGUGUCUGUACCCUUGCUGUGCCUGCCUUCGGAAGAGGGGCGCUGCCUGAUUGGCUACUCCCUGGAGACUGAAGGUCUCCUGACGCCUGACUCCGCCCCUAGAUACGUGUGCCGCAGCAGCUCCACCCAGAGCCCCGCCCCUUACGACGCCACCGUCAACCGCAGCCAAUCAUCAGUCACGCUGCGUCCACAACGCAAAGGCCGGCCCCCGACCCCGCCAAAGCGCUCCUGCUCCUCCAUCUCCGGGGGCGACGGGGAGGGGGAGGGGCUACUGGCGCUGCCAGCCUAUCGGGAGAGGAGGGCAAGUGACUGCGGAGGUCUGGCGGGGCGCAGGGAGGGGGGGGCGGGGCUGCAGCGCUCGGAGGGCGCAGGUGGCAGUGUCAGGAGCCUGGCGGCCAUGUUGGAAACAUCCAUGGGGAGCGGAGCCAAAACUCUGCCCAGGAACCUGGGGAGCCACAGUGCAACCUACCUGCAGGUGAGCCCAGCCCUGCUGCGGCGGCAGGCUGGGUCAGGUGGUCUGGGUUCUGAUGAAGACGACGUCCUGAACCGCCGCCGGACCAUCAGCGGCCCACUAACUCCUGACCCCACCCCCCAGAUCCUGUCUCCACAGCAACCUGCCCAGCCCCGCCCUGAGCCCCGCCCACGCUCCACGGUUGUCACUUCAACAGCAGAGAGCAUCACGGAUGGCAUGGCAACACUGCGCCGCAGGCCACGCCCCCUCCCCUGCUCCGAUGGAGAGACAGACACCAUCCGGCGACGCCCACGAGGAUCCGACCAACCAGAACCCGGCACGCCUCCCAGCAGCCAACCAGAGCCAGAGCAAUCAGGGGGCGCCCAGCAAAGCCCCGCCCCCCCACAGCAGAACGGGGGCGUGGUCAUGAGGCGGCGGCCGCCUGCACAGGCGCCUGAUAGGCCGGAGCCAGCCAGGGAGAGCUGUGAGUGGAUGGAGAGCAGGAAGACAUUGAGACCUACUGUCCCCUCCUCCACCCUCCCCCAGACGAGACAGGACCCCCCCACCCCCACCAGGACUGUCCCCCUGCCUGGCCCAGAGGCCCUGCCCAGCCCGGGGAUUAAGAGAGUCCCUCCCCCCAUCUCCCCCAAACCCGCCCCCCCCCCCACGGCCCCUAAACCAACCAAGGCAGCAGUUGCUUCGCUCACAGCCUCGCCCAAACCCUCCUCUCCCAUCCCUGCUCCUCCAUCCCCCUCUCUGUCUCCUGGUCUCCCCCACGCCUCCCCCUUCCCCGCCCCUUCAUCCCCCGCAAACACACCCUCCACCCCAGCCUCCACCCCUGGCUCCGCACACCACCCAGUCAAACCCCCCCGUUCCUCCAUUGCUGGCCUCUCCAUAGACCUGGCCAACCUGAGGGAGGGGGAGGAGAGGGAGGAGAGGGGGAAAGAGGAGAAGGAGAGGGAGGAGAGGAGCAGGGAGGAGGAGGUGCAGAGGAGAGAAGAGAUGGAGACUGCAGCUUUUCAGGACAUGCAACAGAAGAUCCAGGAUGAUGGACACCACGAUUCUCUGUCGCAGGCCCAUGCUACGUUGCCAGGCAAUAUACUGGACGACAUCGGCAGCAUGUUUGACGACCUGGCGGACCAACUGGAUGCCAUGCUGGAUUAAAGCCACACUCCCUGACCCUGACGCCGGCAGGCCUGCCUGGUGGUCUGUAACUGUGCUGGAGAACUACAUCCUCCACCUGUAUCCCUCAAUGACCUGGAGGCCACGCACACACAACUUCUGACCUCUAGAGCACAGCCAAUCACAGCUCAGCUGUGAGGACUGAAAAGCACAAGAAUCUUCCUUUUCCUCAUCUUCCUCCUUGAGAGGCUGUCGCACACACACACACAAACACACAAUAAACCCAGACACACACCAGGGCUGUCGCAUGUCUCUUUAGGGACAGACACACACAAACACACAAUAAACCCAGACACACACACAGGACUUGCACAGACAGUGUGUGUUCUUCCUGCCCUCUGUAGUCUCCUGUUUCACUGUCAGUGUUGUUGUUUGUUGUUGUCACGUAGCGUGGGUGUGUGCUGUGUCCCUAACCCUGCCGCUGGCGUAUAUGGGCCAGUCUCCAGUGUGAUUCAGUUAGAUAUGGUGAUGAUAGGUAUGGUAAUAUUACUAUCUAGACUGACUGCUGUUGAUAACCCUAUUAUAUACAUAUGGCAUAUUACUAGAUAUAUUUAUUUAUGACUGGCUGACAGGAAAUAGUUCCAAAAAGCCCCAUCCAGCACAGUCCACCUCUCCUUUCCUCUCCUCACCUCUCCUCCCCUCUCCCCUCUCCUCAGCUCCUCCCCUCUCCUCAGCUCUCCUAUCCUCCUCCACAUCUCUGUGCCUUUAGUGUCUCUUUUGUUUGAGGUUAGUGGUUCUUGUUUAUCGUUGUAAGGUUGAUCCCUUUAUCUGCAUCCUCUGCUGCCCCAGAGACACCUUUCAUAGACUCGCAUAAAAUUCUUUACAAGUCUUUCCACAGACACCAUAGGCCCUUCAUAGACAUAAACUGUCAUCAUUGAUGCUUCAUAGACCAUUCAUUGACCCUUAGAUCUUCGUAGACCAUUAAGACACUUUCAUAGACCCCCUAGAUCCCUCAUCAGCCUCAUAUGGUUCAUACACAUCAUAGGCCCUUCAUUGACUUAUGUAGACUGCCUGUAUCCCUCAUAGCACAUUCAUAGGCUUGAUAUCCCUCAAAGGCCCUUCAUAGACAUACAUAGACCUCCAUAGAGAGCUCCUAGCCUACAAACCCAGACCUCUCUCUCUCUAACCCAGUGUCCUCAUCAGUAUCAGUAGUAUUUCAGUAGCUAUGGUGACCAUUCCUAAACCAGAUGGACUAUUUCAUUUAAGGCUCUUUAAAACAGAUGUGUGGUACAGGUACAAAAUAUUGCAUUGAAAUAUGAUUAACAUUGAGCCGAGGUUAUGUUGAAUGGGUUGUUUGAGUGAGUUUUUGAGUUGUACAGUUGUGACAAGAAUAAAUGUUUAAAUUAAGAAGUAAAAUUGAAUCCCAUCACUGACUAUGACCAGCCUAAUGUAAUAUUCCAACAUCGCGCCUCACAUCAGGUUGAAUAUGUUAUAUGCUGAUCCAAGCUCACACCAUAGAUUGAAAAUAUCAUAAUAUCCAAGCUCACACCAUUGAUUGAAAAUAUCAUAUAAUAUCCAAGAUCACAACUGAGAAGGUCCAGUUCAGUUCAACUGUAGGCUACUGUCAUUGAGGCUAUUACAAACACAGACAAAAUACAACGUAGACAUUAAACAUAAGAAUACACAUAUUUUAUUAAAUAUGGUUGAUGUUCCAACAAUGGUAUUGUAGCUUUAUGAGGUAAAAUUGGUCUCAGAACACUGAAACCUUAAUAGACACGAUUUGAAACUC